UAAAAAAUAAAACGAAUAAACCAAGAGAGAGAGAGAGAAAAAAAAAAAAAAAAACACAAAAGAAGUCGAAGCCAAAUGUUAGAGAGAGAGACACUGAGAGAGUGGGACUCGAAGACUUUCUCUUUCAAGCUCCAAAUCACCGAGAAAUUCAUACCUUUCGAAUCUCCGUUAGUUUCAAUUUCCCUUUUCUUAUUUUAGUUUGUAAACUUCAUUUAGUGGAGGGGGGAAGUGACCAAUUCUGGUUGAGCUGUUAAUUUGAGAUUACUUGAUAAUGGGUGAGGAAGAUGCUGCAACUAAAACUGCUGAGACAGUGGCAAAUGGGACUGCUCCACAAGAGAAAGUUUGUGAAGCAGUAAGUGAGAACAGAAAAGAAGAAAAUAAUGGGCUAAAAGAAAUGGAAGUAGAUAAGAAACAUGAUGAAAAUGCUGAACCUGAUAUAAUGGAUGAAGACACCAAGGUGAAGAAAAGUAAGGAUGAAACACUUAAAGAAGGAACAGAAGAACCCAAAGCCGAACCAAUAGAAAAAGAAACUGGUAGAAAUGAGAAAAAUAUUGAAGUAAAAGAAGUGGCAAAAGAGAAGAUUGAUGGACCGAAGGAGGAAGAAGUGAAAAAAGAUGAUGAAGAAUUGAAAAAAGAUGAGGAGGAAGAGGAGAAAAAAGGCGAAGAGGAAGUAAGGAAGAAAGAUGAUGAUAAGGAAGAGGAGAAAAUAAAUGAGGAGGAAGAGGAGAAAAUAAAUAAGGAGGAAGAGGAAAAGAAAGAUGAGGAGGAAGAGGAGAAGAAAGAUGAAGAGGAAGAUGAGAAGAAUGGUGAGGAGGAAGAAGAGGCUAAGGAGAAGAAAGGGUCAAAGAAGCGUGGAAAAGGGAAGAGUGUGGAAAGAAGUAGAAAGAAGAGGAAGGAAUUGGAAUUGAAAAAGGAGCCAGAGGCAAGGACUCCUCUGACAGAUCGCCCUGUUCGAGAGCGCAAAUCAGUUGAAAGGCUGGUGGCAUCCAUUGAAAAAGAAGCUGUCAAGGAAUUCCAUAUUGAGAAGGGUAGGGGUACACCAUUGAAAGAUAUACCUAAUGUGGCUUUCAAGUUAUCUAGAAGGAAAUUGGAUGACACCUUCAAACUACUUCAUACAAUUCUGUUUGGAAGGAGAGGAAAGGCAUUUCAGGUCAAGAGUAAUAUAUCCCGGUUUUCAGGUUUUGUAUGGCGUGAAAAUAACGAGGAGAAGCAAAAGAUUAAAGUUAAAGAAAAACUUGACAAAUGUAACAAAGAGAAACUGUUGGAAUUCUGUGACGUGCUUGACAUAUCCAUUGCCAAGACAACUACUCGGAAGGAGGAUAUUGUUACAAAACUUCUAGACUUUUUGGUGGCCCCUCAUGCUACAACUGAUGUGCUACUUGCAGAGAAAGAGAAGUCGAGCAAGGGCAAAAAGCGGAAGAGAAUGACAAAAGGAAAUUCAACUUCAUCUGAGGGAACGACAAAAAAACGCUCUGCCAAGAAUCGGAGAAAGAAUGGGGAUGCUUCAAAAGCAGAUGAGAAAAAGAAUGCACCUGAUACAGAAGACGAGUCAGAAGAAGAUGAAGAAGAAGAGAAAGAAGAACAAGAAGAACAAGAACAUGAAGAAGAAGAAAAUGUAGAGGAAACUGAAAAUGGUAUUACGGAAAAAUCUGAGGACGAGAUGCCUGAGCAUUCUGAAAGCGAGGAUAAAAGUGAUUCAGAAGAAGAAUCUGAAGAAGAGGUAGAGAAAAACAAAAGAAGUUCAAAAACAUCAUCUAGAAGGAAAGUAUCUGCUGGAAAAGCCAAAACCAAGAAAAACACUGUUUCAAAUAAAUCCAGUCCACCACCUAAAAAGACACCAAAGAGACCUUCGACAAAACGAACUAAGGUUGAUGAUGACAGUGAUUCAAGCCCAAAGGUAUUCUCAAGGAAGAAGAAAAAUGAAAAAGUGACUAAGGCCUCUACUCCGAGAAAAUCUGCCUCCAAGGAGAAAACUGGGAAAAGAGUUGCUAAACAGAAGGAGAAGAGCAAAGAGCAGGGUCCAACUGAUGAUAAGUUGAGAGAAGCAAUAUGUGAAAUUCUUAAAGAAGUCGACUUCAAUACGGCUACUUUCACCGACAUUCUGAAGCAACUAGCUCAGCAAUUUGUUACAGAUCUCACGCCAAGGAAGUCCUCUAUAAAGCUCAUGAUCCAGGAAGAGCUUACAAAACUAGCCGAUGAGGCGGAUGAUGAAGAAGAUGGAGAAGGCGAUGCAGAAAAAGAUGAAACCCAGUCUGCUGGGCAAGAGGUAGAAGCCUGACGAACAAAAUGGAAUAUGACUGCAUGGAAAUACUGUAGUUAUUUAUUUACCUUUUGACUUGACCUUUGCCUGCAUGUACUAUUUAGUGUCUCCGACUUAGCUUGCUGUAAUUUCUUGCUAGCAUUUGUUUGCUAGCAAGCAAAAUAGUAAAUUCAAACCAGUGAAGGUGUAACUGUCAAAGUUGUGCUGCUGGAUUGCAGCUUUUUAUGUAAUACAUUUAACAUAUUUUGUAGGAAUUUUCUUUUCUUUUAAUAGAACUGACCUUUUGUGGA